AUGAGUUUUCAGGAUUUGGAAUCGGGUCGGGCUAAUGGGGCGAGGAGAGGGUUUGGGAAUGGGAAACAGGAUCCGAGCCCAACCCAAGCUGUUGCUUCAGGGAUUUUUCAGAUCAACACGGCGGUCUCCACCUUUCAGAGGCUAGUUAACACCCUCGGAACCCCUAAAGAUACGCCCGAGCUGCGGGAGAAGCUGCACAAAACAAGGCUGCAUAUUGGACAGUUAGUCAAGGAUACCUCAGCUAAACUCAAACAAGCAAGUGAGAUUGACCAUCGUGUUGAAGUCAGUGCUAGCAAAAAAAUUACAGAUGCAAAGCUUGCUAAAGAUUUCCAGGCAGUUUUGAAAGAGUUUCAGAAGGCUCAACGGUUAGCCGCUGAGAGGGAGACAGCAUAUACUCCAUUUGUUCCUCAAGCAGCACUAUCAUCUAGUGAGACUGAAGUGAGUUUGGAGCAGGCGCCAGAACAGCGGCAGCUUCUAGCAGAAUCUAGAAGACAGGAGGUUCUAUUGUUGGAUAAUGAGAUUGCAUUCAAUGAGGCCAUUAUAGAGGAACGGGAUCAGGGUAUACAAGAAAUACAACAACAAAUUGGUGAAGUGAAUGACAUCUUUAAAGAUCUUGCUGUACUGGUUCAUGAACAAGGAACUAUGAUUGAUGAUAUUGGUUCGCACAUUGAGAAUUCUCAUGCGGCAACUGGUCAAGGUAGAUCACAACUCGCAAAGGCAGCAAAGACUCAAAGAUCAAAUUCGUCCCUGACCUGCUUACUUUUGGUAAUCUUCGGGAUUGUGCUUCUUAUUGUGAUCAUACUGAUUGGCAUUCUUUUCAUUCUUUUUCAUAUAAAGAUGAUGAAAACAAAAGCUCAGCCGAUAUCCUCCUGCGUUUCACUACUGUUGAUCAAUGGUGGGAUGAUCCCAGCUUCAAUUGCCAUUGACUUGUUAGUGUGGUUCAGGCAAAGAUUGAACGAUGCACUGACUGCAUCUUUUUUCUCGCGAAUCGUCUCGCUUUUUAGUAGUAGUAUCAAUGGUGGGAUGCCAUUCAACUCCCCUAUCUUCACUUUGUUCUCAUCCAGCAUUGAUAAGCUGAACAAUGCUGCUGCUGAGUUCUCCUUUCCACCAACAGAUUCGUUUUCUAUAAUGUCGAUUAUAGCCGGGAUUGGUUCUUAUUUGGAGAUCAACUUCUUGUUUGAUUCAUCAAUGGACAAUCCCACCUCAAAAAGGUUCCAAAAUGGGAGAAAAGUAUCAAUGAAAGAAACCAGUAACAAUGUGCGUAAUAUACCAAGAAAGACCAAUAUGUUUGGUCAUGAUAAAAUAAAAAUUUAUUUGUGGAAAAAAAUAAAACUAAAAGCGUUUGUGUUAAACUUGGGUCAAGUUGGAUACUAUAAACCCGCCUCCGGAAUCCGAACUGAAUUGCUCCUCACGACACCAUAUAUACGAGAAAAUCCCUUCUCCCGCCCCUUUUCGCUCCUCGCCGUCGCCGCCGCCGUCGCCGCCGCCGCCGCCGCCGUCCCCUUCCCGGCUCCCGCCUCCGGCGCCACUCCUUAUCAUAAUUCUAAUCUUGAAGGCCGCUGUCUUCAGCCGAGAGAGAUUGACCGCGUCCAAUUCUGCAUCGAAAACCCUGUAUUCCCAGUUAUUGGCCUGUGUUUGCGAGUUAAACUCAUGCGAUCUUUGCCUUCACGCUUUAAGGUGGAUAUUAGAGUAGCACCUGGAACUCAUGCAACUGAGGCUGCAGUAAAUAAACAGCUGAAUGAUAAAGAAAGAGUAGCUGCAGCUUUGGAAAGUCCUAACCUUUCGAGUAUGGUGGAAGAUUGCCUUGCUCCGACUCAUCAUGAUUAUUGA